GCUCUACUGGAUCUAGUCUAGCUGUCCUCUCUGUUCUUACUGCACAUUACUAAAGCACUGGAGGUCUAACUUCUGGCCCAACACACACACACACAGUAGAGCACACACACGCAUUGACAGGAGGCAGUCAGUCUGGGAAAGAGGACAUGCACACCUGGAGUGGGUUGCACCAACAGGAUUUAGGACCAGUCUUAAGCUAAGACUGGCGUAACUCAACGUUCUAUGUCUAAAAUGAUGUUACGCCUGUUGCACCACGCUGACUUAAGCUGCUCUCUCUCUAAGUCUAGUCCUAAAUGUUACGCCCUGUGGACAGGAGACUUAUGUUAAAACAUAGAACGUUACUGUGUUGGUUUCUAUAGUAAUUUUCACAAAAACCGUUGAGUGCAGCUAAAACAACAAGCUAUAACGAUGGCGCGUCUAAUUUAUAGAUUGUAUAAUGAACGUGCUUUAAGAUGUGAGAGAGUAGUGCGGGACAGAACUAAUCCGCUGGAUAUGUACAAUGAUGAGGAGUUAAUCCAGAGGUUUUGUUUCAGUAGGGUUGAGAUUUUUUCUCUAGUCGACGAACUGUUUGACGAUUUGCGCUUUCAGUCAGACCGAAAUGCUGCCCUGACGCCAACGUUACAGCUUUUAAUCGCACUGAGGUUUUAUGCAAACGGUGCAUUUCAAAACACCGUGGGGGACAUGAUCGGCAUGCAUAAAUCUACAGCUUGUAGAGUUAUUCGUAGGGUCUCGCUAGCACUGAGUCGCCGCCUACCGCAAUAUGUCAACUUGCCUAACGAGGCCGAGGCAAUCGCUGUCAAGCAGCGUUUCCGCCAGGCGUCUGGCAUCCCUGGUAUCAUCGCCUGCAUUGAUGGUACCCAUAUUCGGAUUCAAGCACCAUCAGAAUACGAACAUCUAUACGUCAACCGAAAGGGCCAUCAUUCAAUCAAUGUACAGCUCGUUUGCGAUGCAAACUACAAGAUAAUCAAUGUGGUGGCGCGAUGGCCUGGCUCAACUCAUGACUCGAGGAUUCUCCGGGAAAGUGAGUUAUUCAAUCAGUUCGAAGCCAGAGGGGUCAACGGGAUCUUACUUGGUGAUAGUGGCUACCCACUAAAACGCUGGCUACUCACACCAUUAUUGAACCCACGCACUCAGCAGGAACAACGCUACAAUGCCGCCCAUACCACUACCCGCUCGAUCGUAGAGCGAUGUAUUGGAGUGCUCAAGCGCAGGUUCCACUGUCUUCACGGAGAGACAAGGAUGCACCCAGAGAGAGCCUGCACAGUGAUAGCAGCUUGCACGGUGUUGCACAAUAUCGCAAUGAAAAAGAGAAUACCUCUACCAAGGCAUGACCCUUUGCUUUGCCAAGAUGAAGAAGCCCCUGCUAUCCCUGCAGCACAAGAAGAUGUUGCCGGGCGACUUGUUCGCGCUCACGUUGUGAACUUGCUGCGGGCCUAAGUGUGAAUGUGUGUGUGUGUGUGUGUUUGUGGGAAUAAAUAAUAAACAGGCUAGGCCUAGACACAAUGAACGUGUAUGCCUCUUUUAUUAUAGGCAAUUGUUAAAGCCAUUAUGGCUGGAAAACAUAGAACAUAGCCUAUUAUUUCGACCACUUGGCCUAUAGCCUAGCUAGGUCUACAAAACGAAGAAGUACGUCUCCUCAAAAGUUUCAGUGGAAUGAUUUAACUUUUGUUUCAGUAAUUCUAUUUCCAAUUUAAUUUUUUCUUUUUCCAAUUGAAGUUUUUGCUGUUCAGUAAUGAGUUUAACAGUCUCAGCCUCCACUCGAACGAUCUCCUUUUGGAGCAAUAUGGUUUGUAGACUGGCCGUGUCCUCCUGUCUCCUCCGUUUCGGCGGAUUGCUAUUUCCAGCUGCAAUCGCGUCCUCCAUCAAGUCUAUAGGUAAAAUAUGGGUGAUCUUAGAUUUCGUUUAGCUAUCAAAUAGGCAUGAUUACAUUUCUCUCUUAUUAAAUCAUUAACUGUAUGCCUAUUCUGAUCUAGGCCUACCUCCAGGGCCCGCACUGAUGAUCACGGGUUGGCUUUCUUGCAUAGGCCUAUCACUUGUAACACUGACGUUGAGCACUGCAGUUGGGUUUUCCUCUUCUUGGUAGGAAGUGUCCGUCUCAACGCUAGCACUAGAAUCACUAGCAUUUAGGAGACUUUGAGCAGCACUAUCCACUCCCUCCAAACCAAUAAAUGCUGGGGAAUUCUCGCCUACAACCUGGAUUACGGUCUCACUAUAUAUUGAAGCUUUGGCAUGCAGUCGGCACUCGUUUCAUACUACUUGCAUCCUUUUUGGCUUUUGAUAGCAAUUCUUGCCAUUUUUUUUUUACUUCUUCAACAGUACGGAAGUCCACAGAAUUUUGGAGUUCGUUUAUACUUGCUGUUAUGCUUUUCCAAGUCUCCUUUUUUCGUUUGUUGGUUAUUGUGUUGCUUUGUUUCGAGGUUAAAAUAUAUUUAUGUUGGUCAUACUUCUCAAUCAAUGUUCUUAUUUCCGAAUCAGAGAAAUUACACUUUCUUUUUUUACGAUCCUCCAUAGCUAAUUACACGGAAAAGUUGUGAACUGAAUGAAUAAACGGUUAUUAAUUGGUUUCAUGGCAACGCACGUUCAAUACUAGAAUUCCACGGGCACUUUCAUGAACGCGCAUGUUACGACCAGUCUUAGUUAAGACUGGUCGUAAAUUCUGUUGGUGCAACAGGCGUUAGAUA